UUCAAGCAUGGACCACUCCGCGAUUCGGAAACGCAAAUCCGGCUGAUCAGGCUCAAACCCGGACGACAAGACGAUAACAUCGAGCUCGAGCUCUCCACAUGGAACUUUGCAAAUGCACCAGAAUACCACGCCAUCUCAUAUACCUGGGGCGCGGAUGUCAGACGUAUCAUCUUCAUCAAUGGCCUGGCUCACUGGGUCCGACACAACUGCCAUUAUGCUUUGAUGCAGGCACGACUGCACUAUCCGGAGACGUACAUUUGGUUGGACUCGAUUUGCAUCGACCAGGGUGCGAACAAAGAAAAAUCUCAUCAGGUCGCGAUGAUGAAAGACAUUUAUGUCAAAGCUGAUUGGGUCCUGGCUUGUAUCGGA